CCUGCUCCGGGGUUGCCAGCUCCAGCGGAGGCCCCCAGGCGCCGAAGCAUGAUCCCCAUCACUGAAUGGCAGAAGAUCGGUGUAGGCAUCACUGGCUUUGGCGUCUUCUUCAUCCUCUUCGGAGUUCUCCUGUACUUUGACUCGGUGCUCCUGGCUUUUGGAAACCUGCUGUUCCUGAGCGGCCUGUCCCUCAUCAUCGGCCUGAGGAGGACGCUUUCCUUCUUCUUCCAGCGGCACAAGCUCCGGGGGACCGGCUUCUUCCUGGGGGGCGUGGCCAUCGUGCUCCUGCGCUGGCCCCUCCUGGGCAUGCUCCUGGAAACCUACGGGUUCUUCAGUCUCUUCAAGGGCUUCUUCCCGGUGGCUUUUGGCUUCCUGGGCAACGCCUCCAACAUCCCCUUCCUGAGCGCAGGCACUUUUAGGACCUGCUGCUUCUCACCAGGAUGAGCUCCCUGGUUCCCUGGAAGCUACUGCUUUUCCUCUGUGCCACCUCCUUCGGGGAGCAGCUGGCGAAGGCGGCACCCAUGGAGAAUCCUAGAAC